CAGGAAAGAGGUAAGUUGAUGGAAUUGGCUACCCAGUGCACUUUCCAGCCGCUCGCAGGGACGUAGGGUCAGCCAUCUGCCCUUCCCUUGCCCGCACCGAACAUGGCGCUGGCGAAGUGCUGCCCACGUCCUCUGGCGCAUGCGCGAAGGCGGGAGCUGCGCGGCGGGAGCUGCGCGUGCCGUGACCGUGAGGCAUGUGGCGGCUCGCGCGGUCGCUGAGGCAGGGUGGCUCGAGCUGGCAGUUAUGCGGCGCGGCCGUCGUCCGGUUGACGGUCGCCGCGGGGUCUCCGGCGCCGAACGGGAGCCCCGGCAGGUGGUACGAGUGGCUGGCGCAGUCGAUCCCCGUGCACUGGGCGGAAGAUGGGCUGGUGGCACUGCAGGCGGCCGCGGGACUCCCGUGGUGGGCCGCCAUCGUGUGUGGCGGUGCCCUGCUCCGCAGCGCCGUCACCUUGCCGCUGGCCGCGCACCAGGGCCGCCUCCUGGCCAAGUUGGAAAAUUUGCAGCCUGAGAUUAAAAAACUAGCUGAGCAGCUUCGCUAUGAAGUUUCUGUACGUGGAAGGCAACUGGGUUGGUCUGAAAAGGUUGCCAGAUUCCAUUUUAAGAAGAACCUGCGGAGGAUUAUUACAGAACUGUACAUUCGAGACAACUGCCAUCCAUUCAAAGCCACUUUAUUGGUGUGGGUACAGAUUCCAAUGUGGGUCUGCGUGUCUCUUGCAUUGCGCAACUGCAGUGUUGGUGCUUUAGACUCAGAAGUUCAAGAACAGUUUUCGACAGGAGGAACACUGUGGUUUACAGACCUCACAGCACCAGAUUCCACAUGGAUUAUGCCAGUUUCACUUGGACUCUUGAAUUUGCUGAUAGUGGAGAUCUUUGCUUCGCAAAAACUGGAAGCUUCCAGGUUCCAGAAGCUUGCUACAAAUUUCUUAAGAGUGUUGUCAGUAGUAAUGGUCCCUGUUGCUGCAACAGUCCCCUCGUCCAUGGCAUUGUACUGGUUGUCCUCAAGCUUCAUGGGACUCUGUCACAACCUGUUGCUCCGUUCUCCGACUGUUCGCCGACUGUGUUGCAUACCGAGGACCAAAUCUGACUCAGAUACUCCUUACAGGGAUAUUGUGGCUGCCUUGACUACCAAAUACAGUUUUAAGAAGUAACACGCUUUAAACUGUCAGAAGAGCUAUCCCACAUAAUUCAUGUGUGCCAUUGAGAAGUGGUAUUUUGUUGAGAUGCUCACUGUGAAGUACUACCGCUGAAAUUAUAUUUAUUUUCCAAAUAAAACAUUGAUCAUCUGGCUAAAAAGAACGAUUUAUCAACACAAAUAUAUGUUUUGGGAAGUUUGGAUCCAAGAAUGUUAGUUUUGCAAUUUGAACAGUCCAGUAAUUCAAGUUUGUCCCCCAGAUUGUGAAGAAUUAUGAAGAUAUAUCUGUGACUCAUCUAGGCUACUUUCUUGUAGCAAAGCUGGUUUGAUCUAUGGACUAGUGAACAAAAUUUUGGGGCUGGGGAGAGGGUGGAUGGACUCUGCAGUUACUGGUUUAUUUCUUAAUUGAGAUGUCGUCAGUUGAUAUUCACGUGGUUCACGUUGCAGUCUUUGUAACAGUUCUCAUACAUGAUUUCCUCAAACUGCAAGUAAACUGGAUCAUUAUCCAUCUUUCUGCAUUAGAUUUGAAAUUAGGAGGACAAGUUUAUUGUUUCUGGUGAAUCUCUGUUGAGUGACAGCAUUAUGUUGGGUUUUUUUAUGUGUCAGUGUAAUUAUAUGUAAGCACUUCUGUAGGGUUAAACUGUGUUUGUUGUAGCCUUGCUCUACAUACAUUUCAAGUCAGCAGAUGUGCAUUGUGACAAAACUUAUGUCCCGCUGGACAGAAGUUUGUGCAAGUCUGGUCUCCUUAAAGGUAAUUUAUCUUAGAGAAGCAGAAAAUGGGGUAGAAAUGCCAUGUCAUUCUCAUACCACAAAAACAAGAUAAUUCAUGGUGUAACUGUUAAAGUCAGUGCCAGUAAGUGGAAGUUAAUUUUAAAAUAACUGUGAUUGUGUGUUUGGGGUUUUGUUUCUUGGUUUUGUUUAGCAUUCUGUGUUGUGUUGGCUAAUUGAUUGAUUGUUUUAAGAGAAAACUGCUCAGCAUUGAGAAAAAAGGCAAACAAUACCAGGCUGGCAGCAGCCAAGAGUAAGAAAUCAGUGGUCACGUGCCUUCAUCAAGGCUCCGUGCUCCUUUGUUUUAUUCCUUCUGUUGGUUUGUUUCUUGUGUCUUUGUUUCCCUCGUGGAGCAAAAGAUGGGGUUGAAGGAUUCAUCAAGACUUUGCCCUAUAGACAUGCAGACACGGCUCUUCAAAAUGUUUGUUUGAACUGAAACAUCAGUAGCUUUCAGUCCUGAUGUUGCACUGCAACAUGCGGGUGUAUUUUCGCUAGGGACAUUUGUGAUGUUCCCUCCCAUACCUGCUUCAGGAGCAUAAAAAAAUUUUGUGUUAUUUUCUAAUUACAUUUUAUUUAGCUUUACUGUCCAUCAGUUUUACUGUUUCUUUAAGAAUAAUAGUAAUGUAAUCCUCCAUAAUAAGCGUAUUUUCUCAAGAAGAUAUUUCUUUCCCUUUUGAGGUUUCAGUCAGAGGUUGUACUGUUGUUUGCAAACAUGGAUGCAAUUCUUGUAUACUGGAAAAUGGAUUUGUUGUGACAGCGAGGAAGUGCCUUUGCAAGAUUUUGGCAUUUUGUGUCAUUUUAAAUGUUGGAGAAUGAUUCAUUUAACAAUGUUGCUGUCAGAUCUGUCUGGAUGCAAAAACAAAGACAGUGAAGGUUGCUGUUGAUUUUUGCUCAUAGACUUGUAGAAAGAGUGACUGUAUUCUUCAUGACCUCAAAUAGCAUAGCAGGAUUUAGAGAGUGUAUUUAUGGCUCCUGCUAAAGCCAGAGGGAAGCUUUUCUUCAUCUGAAAUGGUAAUGGGAUAAGACCCGAUGGGCGCAGCUGUAGUUUUCUUGUGCUGGGUGCCAUUUAACUAAGGGUAGCCCUUCUUAUUUCAUAAUGGUUUUAUAGUUGUUUCACCUUAGAUCUCUGCUAAGGUAGUGAAGAGUGUGUGAUUUCUCUCAGCGAUAGAGUGAGGUCAAGUGGUAGGUUUAACAGCUGAUAAAUAAACAAGGAAAAUAAUAAACAUUAGUACAGAUUUGAAAGAGUAAGCAGAUGGUCUACAACGUGUUUGAUUAAAAGGGGACUGGUUGUAGACAAAUAUAUUCAAAGUAAGGAUAAGAAAGGUCAAGUUUACAAGAGGCUGUGAGAGGAAUUAUCUUCUUUCUGGGAUGCAUAUCAGAGAAAAUGCUAGUUUACUCAAGUGGAGCCUGAAGAUAAAUUUCACAGUGCCCUGAAUGUUGUAUAUCUGCAGACAUGUACAUUUUCUGGGAGCAAAUGAACUCUCCCAUGUGCCUUUUUUGGCUGCCUGGGGACUGAGAUGACAAAACUCAAUCUCCCAAUGUAGCUCUAUUUAGUAAAGUUCCUAACUGUAGUUGCAGUUUACGUAUGCCUUCUGUAUAUGUAAAUUGAGAGUAAGCUUCUGUAUUUGGGGUGAAGAAAAAGCAAAAAGUGAUUUUUUUUCAGAACAUUGACAAAAUAUAAAGACAAAGUAUGGCUACAGGUUGAUAACUCAUGCAGGCAGUGUCUUUCGGGGAAAAAACAGUAAGAUUAGAGAAAUCUUGUUUGUUUCGUAGUCAAACACACACAGAGGAACUGUUCUUCUUUGCCUAUUCCAGGCAUCCAGAAAUUUCGUAUUUCUGCAGUACCACCUUUCUGUCUCUGUCAGAAAUGCUAGCAGUUUUGGGUGAGGAGUAUCUUGUUGCUGUCUCUCCUAUGGAAAGGAGUGCAGUGAGUAAAAGAAACAGUUGGGUUUUGUGUUUUUUUUAUUCUUGUUUGCUUAGUUUUUAAGUAUUUUCAUUCCGUUUGGUCCUUGAAUGCACAGGUACAUACACAACCCACCACAACAUGUGAACACUGUGAAGAACAACUGCUUGAGGAUAUCCUGCGCAGUAGUUCUCCUUUCAUUGCAGCAGGUUGAGGGAAAUAAGAAUGGUUUUAUUUGUGAAGCAGACAGAAGAGGUGGUAACUACAGAAUAGGAAUUGUAUUUCUCCCAGUAAAGAAAGCACUGACGACUCUGACUGGUAUUUUUAUUUCUGAAUUAUGUAGCAUUAGUUCAGGCAUAAAGGAAGUUGGUGUGGUGCUUCAGCCCUAAUUACAGACUGGUUGCUCAUGUCUGGCCACACCCUUGCAUUAUGGUUGCUGCUGUACUUCAUUUACAUUGUGCUCGUUGAAGAAGUGUCUUAGCCUUUCAGUUGAUCACUGGAGCAAACAGUGACUGAGAUCUCAAAUUUUGACAUUUCAGCAAGUAAUGGUGUCUGUCAAAGUAAUCCCUAGCAAUAAGCUUCCUGUGCAAUACAAACACUGCUUCUAAUUUACGUAUAGUGCCUUGAUAUUAGUAGAUCCUGUUCCCCAAAUUCUUUAAAUUCUUUCAAGACAAUCAAAAGCACUGGAAUUUCUAAAUUGUUUUUCUUAGCGUUGACCAAAAAAAAAAACCAGCC